CAAACUCUGGGGAGAGAGAGAGUGUGAAAGAGGUAGAGACAGCCAGGAACAAAGGCAGAGAGUGAGAGAAACACAGACAAAAAGAGCUCUGUGUGGAGGGAAAAGGGGAAAGAGAAAGGAACAGGUGGACCAGAGAUUUGAGUUAGGCAGCUGUUGGGGGGUUGGGCAGUGGGUGGACUCUGAGGAACAGGGGUGUGCUCAGAGCUGUUCUUGACAGGUCGGACAAGUUUCUCCCCACAAUACCUGUCGCUCUCACUUUCUUAAACACACCAGUUGGCAGGAAAAGGAAGUGAAGCAGAAAAGGGCUGAAGAAAAAGAGGGAGAGUUUUCCGGUCAUUUACAAGUUGACUACCAGAAAGGAAUUUAAAGAUGCCUGAGCAGCAACCCUAUUACGGAAAGAAUGGCGAACCAAAAAAGUAUGACCCCACCUUCAAAGGCCCCAUCUAUAACAGGGGCUGCACUGACAUUGUAUGCUGCAUCCUCUUCAUUAUUUGCAUACUGGGCUAUGUUGCAGUGGGAAUUCUGGCCUGGUCCCAGGGAGACCCCAGGAAGGUGAUCUACCCCACAGACAGCAGAGGACAGUUCUGUGGGCAGGCAGGCACACCUCUGGAGACGAAGCCCCUGCUGUUCUACUUCAACAUCAUGAAGUGUGCCAGUCCCAUGGUGCUGCUGGAGUUCCAGUGCCCAACCACACAGAUGUGUGUGGAGAAAUGUCCUGAUAAGUUCAUGACGCUCCUGAAUGCCUACACCAAUAAAGAGGAUUUUAAGUAUUAUAAGAACUUCUGCAAGGAGGGUCUAGAGGGGCUGACUGUAACACAGAUCCUGAGUACUGGCCUGUGUCCUGCCAUGCUGACGCCAAGUAAACCCUUCACCCGUAGGUGCUUCCCUGCCCUGGGCCAGAAGAAGGGAGGGGAGAUCACCGUGGGAAAUAACUCUAAGUUUGAUGACGGGGAGGGGAACAUUAGAGAUGCCAAAGAUCUGGUGGCGGGGGUCAAGAAUGCCACAGUGGUCAUUGAAGCUCGACAAGUGGCCAUGAAGAUCUUUGAGGAUUACACCCAGUCCUGGUACUGGAUCCUAAUAGGGUUGGUGAUUGCCAUGCUCAUCAGUCUCCUCUUCAUCGUCCUCCUGCGCUUCCUGGCCGGGAUCAUGGUUUGGGUCAUGAUCGUCAUGGUGAUUCUGGUCAUUGGAUACGGCAUCUUCCACUGCUCCAUGGAGUAUGUUAGCCUGAAGUCAGAGGCCGGCUCUAAUGUCACUCUAAAGGACCUGGGCUUCCAGACAGACUUCUCUGUGUACCUGCAUAUCAGACAGACCUGGCUGGCCUUCAUUAUUAUUCUGGCCAUUGUGGAGGUCGUCAUCAUUUUGCUGCUCAUCUUCCUCAGGAAUAGAAUCCUCAUCGCUAUCGCUCUCAUCAAAGAAGCCAGCAGGGCCAUUGGGUAUGUGAUGUCAGCACUGUUUUACCCCUUGUUCACCUUUGCCCUCCUAUCCAUUGUCAUCGCCUACUGGGCUGUCACCGCUGUGUUCCUGUCCACCUCCAAUCAGCCCAUCUAUAAGGUGUUCAAUGAGACGGCCUGCGAUCACUCCAGGAAAAUCUGCGAGCCAGCUAACUUCAGCACAUCCAGUAUGAAGGCGGAGUGCCCAGACUCCAAGUGUCUGUUUGCCUUCUACGGUGGAGAGACUGUCUAUCACAAGUACCUGAUCGGCCUGCAGUUCUACAACGUCUUCCUGUUCUUCUGGUGUGCCAACUUUGUGACAGCGCUGGGUCAGAUGACCCUGGCUGGGGCCUUUGCCUCCUACUACUGGGCCUUGGUCAAGCCUGACGACAUGCCUGCCUUCCCCAUCUUCUCAUCCCUUGGCAGAUCACUCAGGUAUCACACAGGUUCCCUGGCGUUUGGCUCUCUCAUCCUCUCCAUCAUCCAGAUCAUCAGGGUUCUGCUGGAGUACAUCGACCACAAGCUACAAGGAACCCAAAAUAAGUGCACAAAGUUCCUACUGUGCUGUCUCAAGUGCUGCUUCUGGUGCCUGGAGAAAUUCAUCAAGUUCAUCAACAGAAAUGCCUAUAUUAUGGUGGCAAUAUAUGGCAAGAACUUCUGCACGUCUGCCAAAGAUGCCUUCUUCCUCCUUAUGAGGAACAUGAUCAGGGUAGCCGUCCUGGACAAGGUGACAGACUUCCUCUUGUUCCUGGGCAAACUCCUCAUCGUGGGGCUUGUGGGAAUCUUUGCGUUCUUCUUCUUCUCUGGGAGGGUGAAGGCCUUUGAGAACACAGCGCCCAACCUCCACUACUACUGGGUUCCCAUCCUGACGGUGGUGGUUGGUUCCUACCUUAUUGCCCACGGCUUCUUCAGUGUGUACGCCAUGUGUGUGGACACACUCUUCCUCUGCUUCUUGGAGGACCUGGAGAGGAACGAUGGCAGUGCGGAGAGACCCUACCUGAUGUCUGACCGCCUCCUCAAAGUCCUGAAUAAGAAGAACAAGCCUGAACCAGCAGAGUAGAGCUCUCCCAUGUGGUGUGGAGAAGGGCAAAAGCUCUGGUGUGUACAGGUGUGUAAUUGUAUAUAGUGGAGUAUGCUUUAAAGACUGGGUUGGCCAAGGACCUCAUGCUGUCACUCAUCCAGUACCUAUGUGGCAAUCUGUCAUAAGUCCAAACAAUCGCUGCCAUCCUCUGUGGUCGAGUGAGGCGUAUAAAUCCUAAAUGGAAUUUUAAUGCUGCAUGCAGAGUGCUUCUUACAAGGAUGUUUUUUCCCCCCCAUUUUCAUUCAGUUAUUUGGUUUGGAUGAAAUCAUAGUUUUUGUCUGUUUAAGUAUAUUUUGAUGACCUCAUUUUCAAAAACCAGCAACCAAAUGUGGUUCUUAUUGAAUAUAGCUGUAUGUUACUGUAAUCAGACCAGCUGUACACCAGUGUGUUAUGAGCAUGCUUUGUUAUGAAUAUUACUUGGAGUGUGUUACAUGAAGGUGAGCACAGAACUGAUCUAUUUAGUAAAGUAUUUUAUACAUUUACAUAAAGCUGCACUUUUGUAUGUAACCUAUGCAAUUAGUUUAAUACAUGCAGUACGAAGACAUACAUUUUAUACUUGUUUGAAAUUGUGUAACUACUUUAUAUUUGUUGCAAUACUUUCUCUGCUUUGUCAUUACCAAAGCUAUUAAUACAGUACUGUAGCCCCUUUUUAACCCGCUGUUAAACGUCAAUGCUUUGCUCUCUGUUAUAAUUGCCAGGGAAUGAGUGGGAAAGAAAUGUAUUAAGAUGGUGUGAGGCUGAAAGCAGGGGAAAAUAUGGGUUGUGUAUGUGGAUCUGUUUAAGUGCCUGAGGAGUUCUGAAACUCAAAUAAAAGUUGUUUUUGUA